AUGAGUACAUAUACGAAAUUUGUGUCGGAUUAUUGCAAAACAUGGGAAAAAUCAGGAAAAGAACAUUUUAUUAAAGGAGUGACACAGUUUAUCAAAGAUGAAGGUAAAAGUCCUUUGUUCAAUAAAUCGGGCAAAUUAUCGGGUAUAUCCCAAAGCAUAUAUGAUUUACUUCUCUGCGGUCUCCACGGCAAUUUGAAAAAAGAUGCUGUAAUUAAUGUGCUUCAUGAUAUUAGUGCAUUACAUGCUGAUAUACCUUCUAUAAUCUUGGAUGUUAUUAGUGUACUUGAUGCAGAAACAUGCAUUGAAGUGCAAAGUGAUGAGAGAACAAACUUCUGCUAUAUUGUCAGGGAAUUAGAAUCUUUUAUUUCAGACAAAUUGCUGAAAGAGCGUCUGGAAAUUGACACAUUACAAGAUGUUGGUACCUUAAAGAACAAGAACUUCUAUACAAAAUUUAUAAAAAUUAAAACUAAGUUGUAUUACAAACAACGUAAAUUCAAUUUGUUUAGGGAGGAAAGUGAAGGGUAUGCAAAACUUAUUGUGGAAUUAAAUCAAGAAAUAUCUGAAGAUACUGAAUGGAAAACAUUAUUAGAAAUAAUCCAAUCUUUAAUAGGUUGUUUUAAUUUGGAUCCUAAUAGAGUUUUAGACAUAAUUUUAGAAUCAUUUGAAGCUAGACCACACUUGGAUAAAUUAUUCAUAUCAUUAAUAAAAAAUUACAUGGGUGACCCUCAAGUGAUAUCAGAAGUUCUUGGAUUUAAACUUGGAAAUAUGGAGGUUUCAGAAAGUUUUAAGGAACCACCUGCUUUGAUGACUAUAAUAGCUUUGUUACUGCAACACCAAGUUAUCUCACUUAAUGAUAUUUACCCCUGGCUGCGACCCGAUGACACUAUAAUGGCAAAAGAAGCAGAAAAAGAGGUGAAGUCAGUGCAAGAUUAUAUUCGUAAGCUAAGUAUUGUUUCAACAAAAGGCCCUCAAGCCAAUGGUACAACCGAAUUUGUCGAAGAGAAAACUGACCCUCAGGAAUACUGGAGUAAUCAGAAGCUAGUUUUAUGUGAGGCGUUGCUGAACGUAACUGCAUGGCGUGAAUUUGCAGCAAUGUCGGCUCGGUUACCAAUUACAAGUAUGGCUUCACGUCCCGCCAUAGCCCUAUGCACCAUGCUUCAUGCUCUUGUAGAACCUUUGUAUAGAACGCAUUGUCGCGUCGCUCCGAAAAUCAUUGGAAAACCAAUCCCUCCGUUGAAAUCAAAUUUAGCUCCAGCAAGUUGUAAAACAUUUGAGGACAUGAAAGAGACUGUCAUUCCAGCCCUUAUUAUAUUAGGGCCUUCUUUACACUAUGACCCUGUUUUAAUGUACAAAAUAAUUCGUAUCCUAAAAACGGCGAGAUCAUUGGUUGAGGAUCCAUUGCAUUAUGAAGCUUUGACAGUCCUUGAUGCGGCAAUUUUGCCGGCACUCACUUUAAUGGAAGGAAACUGUUGUAUGGCAGAAGAAGUGUACACCCUAUUAAAGUUAUAUCCAUAUCAAUGGAGGUACUGCUUAUAUUCACGUUGGAAGAACGAGUCUGGUGAGAAAAUACCAGCACUGAUGCGAGUGCGUGGCAAUUCCUUGCAGAGGAUUAAGCAUAUCAUGAAGCGUGUAUCCAAAGAGAAUAUAAAACCCCAGGGGCGCUUAAUUGGCAAACUGUCCCACGCCGCGCCGGCCUUCCUUUUCGAUUACAUGCUGUUGCAGAUUCAAACUUAUGACAAUUUAAUUGGGCCAGUGGUGGAAUCUUUGAAGUACCUGACGUCGCUUUCCUUGGAUGUCUUAGGUUACUGUCUGCUCGAGGCUUUGUGUGCUGGAAAAGGCAAUAGCGGUGGGGCAGCGCAUCCCCCUUGGCUUCAAGCUCUAGCCGCCUUUGCCGGGGCGGCUUUCAAGAAACAUAACAUAGAGCUUACUGCUCUAUUGCAGUUUGUUGCUAACAGACUAAAAGCACAGCAGAGUCAAGACUUGUUAAUAUUGAAAGAAAUAGUACAAAAGAUGGCUGGAAUCGAAGCGGCGGAGGAAAUGACGCCCGAGCAACUCGACGCUAUGGCGGGUGGUGAACUUCUCAAAGGCGAGGCUGGAUAUUUCUCUCAAGUUCGUAAUACAAGGAGAUCGUCGGCGAGAUUGAAGGACGCCGUUGUUGGUAACAAUUUGGACAUUGCACUAUGCAUAUUGUCAGCGCAACAACGUCAUUGCUGCGUUUGGAAAGAAUAUGAAGACGAGACGUCGACUCCUGGGGAGCCGCCUGGCUCCCAGCUGAAGGUUGUAGGGCGAUUGGCAGACCAGUGCCAAGACGCCUUGGUACAGCUGGGCACUUUCUUGGCCUCUUCGCAUGCACCAGACGAGUAUGCCGCUCGGCUGCCACCUUUGCAGGAGCUCCUGAGAGACUAUCACGUGGACGCGGACGUGGCGUUUUUCCUCCAUCGGCCGGUACUUGCGCAGAAAAUUUCCGCUAAGAUCGAGCUACUGAGAAAAGGUUCGGAGGGCAAAGAAAGCCAGGAGAGGAGCAUAGAGAGAUAUUGCGUCGCGUCCAAGGAGACUUUGGAGCCUGUUAUUAUAUCCAUAACUCCCCUGCUCCCUUCCAGAGUUUGGGAGGACAUAUCUCCCGAGUUCUAUGUAUCCUUCUGGUCUCUGUCCAUGUACGAUCUGAAGGUACCGGAAGAAAGUUACGACCGUGAAAUAGAUCGCCUAAGAACGGCCGCGGCGAAUGCAGCCAAGGACACGUCGCAAGGCACUAAAGGGAAGAAGGAACAAGAGCGUUUUAACACCCUUAUAGACAAACUUCAGGAGGAGAGGCGGCGGCAGCGCGAGCACACGGCGCGCGUGUCGGCGCGGCUGGAGCGCGAGUGCGGCGGCUGGUUCCCCGCGCGCGCCGCCAAGUCCGCCAAGAACGAGACGGUGACGCGGCUCAUGCAGCUCUGCCUGUUCCCGCGCUGCGUGUUCACCGCCGCGGACGCGCUCUACUGCGCCGAGUUCGUGCACACCGUCCACGCACUCAAGACGCCCAAUUUCUCCACGCUGCUGUGCUACGACAGGCUGUUCUGCGACAUCACGUACUCGGUGAUGUCGUGCACGGAGGCGGAGGCGGCGCGCUACGGCGCGUUCCUGUGCCGCGUGCUGGGCACCGCGAUGCGCUGGCACGCGGACCGCGCCGCGUUCCACCGCGAGUGCGCCCACUACCCGGGCUUCGUCACCAAGUACCGCGUCUCCAACCAGUUCACGGAGGCCAACGACCACGUGGGCUACGAGAACUACCGGCAUGUGUGCCACAAGUGGCACUACAAGAUCACCAAGGCGAUGGUGGUGUGCCUGGAUUCGGGCGACUACGUGCAGAUACGUAACGCAUUGAUCGUGCUCAUACGGGUAUUACCUCACUUCCCUGUACUCGCGAAAUUGGCGCAGAUCAUCGAGAGGAAAGUCGAAAAGGUCAAAGAGGAAGAGAAAACGCAACGUCAAGACUUGUAUGUACUCGCUACGGGUUACAGUGGGCAGUUGCGUAACAAAGUGCCAAAUUUGAUGAAGGAAUGCGAUUUUCACCAGAUGGGGGAUCAACAUAAAGUAGCGGCAGCAGCCACUGCGCCUGCGCCUACCGUUAAAGAGGAAACGGCCAUUGUUGUUACCAAUGCCAAACAGGAACAAUCGGAACCUGGCGCAUCUCCACAACCAGUCGAUACAGACAAAAGAGAAUCAAGGAACAGUGACAGACGUCGCGAAGAGCCGGAACGUGAUAAGGAAACGAAGCGUGAAUCGAGAUCGUCGCUUAAAGAGAGAAGUAAAGAAGAGAUAAGAAGCAAAGACAAAUCACCUAGAGAACGUUCACAUAGAGAGGAGCGUUAUUUGGAAACAGUGUCGCCGCCCCAAGAUCAUCGACAUCCGUCCGAUGACAUUGAUCGUGAUGUGAAGCGUCGUAAAGUCGAAAGCAGCGGCAAUGGCAAGGGUAGCAAAGAAAUCGAGGAACGUUCCCCGGAAAAGGAAAAGAGAAAGUCUAAAGUAAGGGGCGAUGAACGUAAAGAGCGUAAGAUGAGUCGCAAAAGGGAUAGAGCUGAAGAAUCGGCACUUUUAGAACAAAAAAGACGUCGUGACGAACAAAAACCUGUUGUCAAAAUGGGAAAUCAUCAGAACGGGUCACAAGAGGACCAUCACUACGACAAGUAUCAUAAAAGGGAAAAGUCGCCGUUUCGAGAUCGCUCGCAUGAAGAACAAAGGGACAAACACAGGCGGACAAGCGACUCAAAACUAAGAAGA